AUGGUUGACAACAAAGGGGAAACCACCAAGAAAACGCAGCACCAUGCCCAUUUGUCCGCCUCUUCUGACGAUCCUGCAGAUCAGGACCCCGCCGAGGAUACGCCACAGCAUCCGCCGCAGCCGGUGGUUUCCGGCGCUUCUCACUAUGUUUCUCCUACUCUAUAUAUUCCUACUGGCACUGCCACUUCUGGGGCGUUUGAGCAACAGCAGCAGCAGUUUGAAUCUGUAAAUCCGAAGCGGCCCAGAUACGCCGCCGUAGCUGCUGCGAGCCAAUGGAAGCCGAUACCAUCUUCCUCCUCCCAGCAGCAGCAGAAGCCGAGUAUGCUGAGCUCAGAGUCAACGCCCUCUCCGUCGGCCAAUCCUCAGGCCGGCCACGCCGCGGCUUCGUCUUCCAACACCGCGUCUUCGCCGUCACAUUCUCCCCGGCCGUCUCACUCUGGGCAAGAGGCCAACAAGCCGGCUUCCGAAAUGGAACACUUUCCACAGCAACACCACCAUCAAUUCAGGAAGGGCAAGUACGUGAGUCCGGUUUGGAAACCUAAUGAGAUGCUGUGGCUAGCUAGGGCAUGGAGGGUUCAGUACCAUGGCGGGUCUUCGGAGCUCCAAGGAGAAGGCGGCGAGAUCACCACCGUGACUCCGCCGGGAAGAGGAAAAACUAGGGCGGAUAAAGAUAAGGAAGUAGCGGAGUUCUUGAACCGGCACGGAGUCAACCGGGAUGCCAAGACUGCCGGCACAAAAUGGGACAACAUGUUGGGUGAGUUCAGGAAGGUUUAUGAAUGGGAAAGAGGGGGAGAGCGAGAGCAGAUGGGAAAGAGUUAUUUCAGGCUUUCGCCAUACGAGAGAAAGAUUCACAGAUUGCCUGCUUCUUUUGACGAGCAAGUGUUUGAAGAAUUAUCCCAGUUCAUGGGCCCAAGGAUGAGAACUACUACUCCUCAAACUAGCAGAGGUGGUGUUGCUCUUAUUUCCACUGGAGAUGCUUUAAUGCCUCCCAAAUCUUUGCCUCCGCCGCAUCCCUUUAGAGAGGAAGAACUUUCUCUUCCAGGUGCAAGGGCGGCUAAGCAGCAGCUUAUAUUGGCAAGUGGAGAAGGGAUAAUUCAUGGCGGGACGAGAGGGGUGUUAGGGUUUGAAGCAGCAUCAAUGGAAGCUUCAAAAGAAGUGCGGCGGAUAGGGAAGAUAAGAAUGAUAUGGGAGGAGAGUGUGAGUAUAUGGGCGGAAGAAGGCGAGCAUCACAGAGGUAGAGUGAAGGUUCCAGGUUCAAGCUUCUUAAACGCAGACGAAUUAGCUUUCUUGGAUGACUCCAUGGUUGCUUCCACCCUGGAAACCUUUGAAGAUGGGCCCCUUAAAGGCUUCUCCGUCGACCGCUUCAUUUCCGGCCAGCACCUCAAAGUCUUCGGUCGGAGGAAGCCUUCCCUACCCCCUCCCGCUUCUAAUGAAAGAUUUCACCUUCAUUCUAUGGAACCCUCCAUCCGAUCAAUUACUCCAUGGGAGUUUCAAGAUCCAAGCGAGUACUAUGUGGGGUGUUUGCGUGUUCCGCCGCCGUCUUUGCCUUGCCUGUUUGAACUCUCCUGGUACUUACAAGAACCGCCUCCGGAGGAGCUUCGGUUCCCGCUGAGAAAAGACGUUUACAGAGAUUUACCUCAAGGAAAAGAAUUAUUCUUUACUACUUCCACUGAACUAUUGGACUGUAGAGGAAUCAGUUUUGACGUAUUGAGCUCUGUAAUGAGAUCAAACCCUAGCCUUAGCGCCUCAACCUCAGCUUGUAGGGACUCUUUUAUAGGCCUCUGGGAUGAUUGCAUCAAUCGGAUGGUGUCCAAAUUCUGCUCCCAAGAAAUGCUUUUUAUUCGAAAGUCUUCGUCUUCGUCUUCUUUGGCGGAAACAGUUCAAGAUCAGUGGCCAAACGUGACUGCUUUCAUUCGAAAUUUUUGCCUGUGGAGGGGAGAAGAAACUGAUCAGUUAAGGGAAGGGCAGCUGGAUCCUUCGUCCACACUUGUGGAGAAGAUUAUGUGGACCUACGCUGAUGUGCCAUACGUCUUAGGUUACUAUGCUGUCGGAUUUCUCGUUACAUUCUGCGCUUUAAGUCGGUUACAAGAUCGCAUUAUUCGAACCGACCUUUACACCGUUGAUCUGUCGACACCAUCGGAAAGAUUGAAAGCCCUUGUCCCGUGCUGGAGAAUUGCAGGCGUGUUGCCUUUGUUGGCUGAUCGUUGUCUUGGGAAUGGGAAUGGGAAUGGAUACAAGGUGUUGCCGUACGGGGACUUCGAAAGAAGUGAUUUGGGAAACGGAAACAUCAUCGAGAUGACGCCAAACAGUGUGGUGAGAUAUUUCUCCAGUAGAAGAAAGUGGGCUGCCAUUAAAGAGAUCUACGAUUUUCUUGACCACAGAAUCCCACAUGCGGAAUUCAUCGUACGGUCGUCGGAGAAAGAUUUAGCGUUGGUGUUGAAGCCGAGAGGGUGUAGAUUCCGGCCGGCCAACUGUGAUCAGUUGGUGGAAGCUCUGAAGCAUGUAACCAAGGCGUUGGUGGCACUGCAUGAUCUGUCGUUCAUGCACAGAGACUUGGGAUGGGAUAAAGUGAUGAGGAGAAGCGACAGGGACGAUGGGGAAUGGUUCAUUACUGGGUUCGACGAGGCGGUGGGGGCGCCGCAGAUAAACGCGCACGGGGCGGCGGCGAGUGGGAGGCACGCUCCGGAAAUGGGGAGGGGUUUGCAUGGGGUGAAGGUGGACGUUUGGGGGGUGGGUCAGCUUGUAAAGACGAGUGGAUUGGUUGGAGUGCCAAAGCUGCUGAGGGAAUUGCAGAACAGAUGCUUGGACCACAACCCGGAGCAGCGUCCCACGGCGGCGGACUGCUACCACCAUCUACUGCAGCUUCAAUCUUCAAUGUCAUCCGCCGCCUCUGGAGGCGGGUAUUGACACGUAAGCGCUGAUUUGAUCGAGAUGCAUGGGGGCGUUAUAUAUAUAUAAUAUGCAUAUAUGCAGGUGUUAGUAUGGUACUAUACGUACGUGAUUUUAUUUUAUCGUAGCGCGCGUAGUAUUGUGUAUUCAUAUUCAUAUUUGGCGGCAGUGUCAUGUCGGCUCCGACAAAACAAAAAUUGGAUUUGAUUUUUCUUCAGCUAACAACAAUUACAUCAUUGGCUUAUGGAACAUCUCAUUCAAUUCUUGAAU